AUGGAAGUUUCGCGGCCUUAUUAUAGCCCUAAAAUAAGAAGUAGAAAGUCUUCAUCUUCAUCAAGUUCAACUACAUCCACUACUUCCAUGUCUCCUAAGCUAAGAUCUCCUCUGCAAGUUAAGGAAGAUUCCGCUUCAUCCCGACCUGAACCUACCAUAGUUAAAAGAAGGAAUUCUCAUUUUGUUUCUACUUCAUCCCCCUGGUUUAGAAGAAAUUCAUUCUUAUCACAAUCUAUGAUUCAAAAUGAAAACUUUUCUGUUUACGAAGCUCCAAAUUUUUAUAGUGAUUCAGCUAGUUCAUAUAAUAUUAUUUCAUUACGAGAGUGUCAAGGAUUCCUAUUUAAUCAAGAUUUAUUUGCAACACCUUAUCAACAAUCUAAAUCAUUAGCUCAAGAACGUAAAGUUCGAGAAAUGUCCUUUUCUAAAUCUAGGUCACGGUCUAUUUCUAAAUCUAAAUCAAUAACUCCUUCUGAUUCAUCCAAUUGCAUUAGUCAACAACAAAUACCACUGAACAAUAAUUCUGUAAGAAGACAUACUUCAUAUCAUCCUCCAAGGCCUAAUUUCCUUAGACCUGGAAGUGAUAGCGCUAUAAUUGAUGAUGAUGAAGAAGAAGAAGAUAAGGCUACUCGUCAAACAAAUGAAGAUAUCGAUAUGGAUAUUAUAAAUAAUCGUAACACUAUAGGCAAUGAAUAUGAUGAAGAUCAUAUGGAUGACGAAUUGAGUGAUGAUGAUGAUGAUGAAGAUGAUUAUGAAGAAAUGCAAGCUUAUGGUGGUGAUUCCAAUAAUAGAAGGUAUAAAGUUCAUGUCACUGAAAUUAUAGUAAAUGAAGAAGAUGAGGAUAUUUUCCCUAAAUAA